UCCACAAUUUAUAUAACAAAUCGAUAUGGGAUUUGAUAUAGUUCAAAAUAAAACUAAAACUAAUGAAAGUUAUUCAAUCCUAACUUUAGGAUCAGUGACUGGUAAUCUCAUUUCCAUUCCCUCCCUCGAGUGACGUCAUCUUCCACCUAAGCAACGGCAAGUCAAUCCCUGCAAAAGUUUAUAUAUUUUGACUAGAAUUUGUUAAAUAACUCCCUGUUCAUUAAUACGAUAAAGAACUAAUAAUUCUGGGGAUCAGUUACGAAAGUAUUUCUCAUCUGGAGUUGUCCUUUAAUAUACUUACGGAGAACCGAGAGGAAAUUGGGCAUAUGCAUGAAGCAAGAAUAACCUACACAUAGAUAUUGAAGAAAAAAUAACAACCUUAUGUCUUUACAGGAAGUGUGGUCCACAUUGGCGCAGCAGUUGGUUCUAUAGGAGGCGGAGUAGUCAGUAUGCAUCUUGGUCAGAGAGUGUCACUUCUCGUGGCCAUGCCUUUCUCUUUGGUGAUGUGUCUGGCCUUGUCUUUCACACCCAAAGUGUGGUUACUCCUGUUGCUCCGCACUGCGCAAGGACUCACCCAAGGUGUUAUCGCUGCCGCCUCCAGCAACUACGUAGCGGAGGUGUCAGAAAGUCAUCUACGUGGACGGCUGAUUGGGUUCACGGUCGUUGGGUGGAAAUCUGGGUUCCUGCUGGUGUAUAUAAUAGGGAGCCUGGACAUGUCGUGGCGGCACAUAAUACUCGUGUGCGGCUGCGUCACCGCCAUCCCGCCCUUCAUUGGGUUGUUCUUCCUGCCGAACUCCCCACGAUGGCUGGUUACCCGAGGCCGCCUGGAGGAAGCCCGCAAGGCCCUCGUGUUUUUUCGAGGUCCUCGCUAUGACUCACAGCCGGAGUUCGACGACAUCGUCCACCAAUUUAAUGAAACCACCAGCAACAACACCAGCUUUGUAUCCCAGCUCCGUCAGACGCGGGAACAGUCUGUGCUUCGUCGGUUGCUGUUCUUGAUCUUCCUUUUGGUUUUGGUACAGUUUACCGGCAUGGUGAGCAUACUCACGUACGUUGUGCCCAUCUUCCAAGCAUCCAACUCUAGAAUAAACUCUUAUACAAGUGCAAUAUUUGUUGGCAGCAUUCAAGUCGCAGGAACAAUUGUGUGCUUGUUAGUGGUGGACCGCCUGGGACGCAAGUACACGAUCAUUGUACCUAGUGUCAUCUGCUCCAUGUCAAUGAUGACCCUCGGGGUGUACUUCUACCUGCUGAACCAAGGGGUGGACGUGAGCAACAUUGGCUGGUUACCGCUGGCUGCAAUAAUGAUCUUCACUGCUUUGUUUUCUGCAGUGGAUUUGUCGGUGAGCCUUUUGAGAGCAGAGUUACUACCCAACUCGCUAAGGGCAUUUGCCACAUCAAUACUGUACAUAUUCUUAUAUGCGAGCUUGUUCGUAGUCAUCCAGACCUUCCCGCUUAUGGUUAAGACCUUCGGGGAAGAUGGGGUGUUCUGGAUUUACAGCGUCUGCAGCUUGUUGCUUGUCCUAGGGGUUGCAAUAUUUCUGCAGGAAACUCGGGGUCUCUCCCUUGAGGAGAUUGACAACCUUUUCAGGCACGGCAGAAAACACCUUAUGCAACAAAACGAUCUGAAUUUACCUUCUCAAAACAUUCCCUGAUUGUUGAAAUGACCUCCAGUGUCAUCUGCUAGUUCAUAUUGUUGUGUUCCCACUGUGCAGAUUUGAAGAUUGAAGAUUCAAGCCAGACUCGCACAACAAUGAUGAGCGGUGAGAAUUGUAACAUACAGUGACCAGUACUCCGAAAGAUCACCCCAUCUCGCCCAGCCCCGCCUCGACCCACCUACCCCGACACUGCCCUCUAUGUUGGUCGGUUAGUUGCGGUGGGGGCGGGUAAACCAGUUGUUGUUCCUAGUUGGUUCCCCUUUAGCAAGCAAUAGAACU